AUGGUUAUGGUCUUGGUGAAAGUGGAAGGUCAGAGUAGCAUCUCUCAACUCCGAUCCCAAGGAAGGUUCCCAAGAUGUCCUUACAGGUGUAGACCUAUCCCCAGUAACAUUCCAGCCAACUGUAUUUCACGAGGCAGAGUGCACACAUUUCGAGGAAGGUUAUGUCGAGGGUGUGAUUGGAUCAGUAGAUGUGUCGGAAAUAAUGCCCUUCCACACUGCUAUAGAAACUGUCCACGUAUUCGUCAACAAGUGCCAAGGCACUGUGUGAUACCCGGUUCUACUGUUACCAGUAGAGGUCGACGAUGCAGAUUGUGUGACAGAGUUCGCCCAAUGUGUUCAAACAACAGGAGACCUCCUAUCAUUCCACGCUGUUCGAUGAAUUGUCGUGAAGUUGUGAACGGGACGCCUGGACAAUGCGUGACGCAAGGAAGUUUAGUCAACUACCAUGGUCGACCGUGUCGUUUGUGCGACGCGGUAGAUUUUGGCUGUGUAAGGAAAAAUCUGACAAUAUGUGCUGAUGCCUUGGAAAACUGUCAAACACCUCAAGAGGGUAUGCCAGAUUUUUGCCUUUCUCAAAACGUUACAAGCACACCGACAACACCACCAUGUCUAACGUGUCCAGUUGUGGGUAACUCCAGCAGGUGCACAUUUCCGCUCUGCCAGCGAUGUACUCCCCUAACAAAUAUUUUAACUGUUCCUCCGGAAUGCAUUAAGAAAGGCAACAUUGUCCAAAUUCCUGGAUAUCCUUAUAAAUGUAGCUUAUGCCCUUACAUUGAUCCGUUUUGUGCCGAACUUGAAGUUACAGUCUGUGGAAAUCAAAUGGCUAAUUGUGUCGGCGUGCCGAUCGGAACACCUGCCAAAUGCAUUGACCAAUCAGUACAUAUAUUUCUAGGAAACCCGUGUUUAUCGUGCCCGGUCUUAAAAACCGAGACGCCAGGAUGCGUGAAGGAAGCAUAUGGUAUUUGUCCCGGGCUUGUGUGUCCACGUGUAACUAGACAAACUGUGAUGUGUUUUGAUAAUGGUCCGUUUUCUAAUACCCCAAAUGCAACCUGUAAAUCAUGUCCGAUUUUACACAGAAACAGACAUCGGGUGUGUACCAAUAUUAACUCCCUUCAACGAUUUUGA